UAUCCCACAGUCCUUACUCAAUUCCUCAUCAACAUGCAAUUGACACACCUUCUUGCGUUCGCCCUGUCGCUCGCUACGUCCGAGGCCGCCUACAAGGGCUUCAACUACGGUGCGACCAAGGCUGAUGGCAGCGUCAAAUCUCAGUCUGAUUUCGAAUCGGAGUUCUCGACUGCCAAGGGUCUGGUUGGCACUGCGGGCUUCACCAGUGCGAGAUUGUACACCAUGAUCCAAGGUGGCACUGCCAACUCCCCCAUUUCCGCCAUUCCCGCGGCCAUUGCUGAAAACACCUCCCUGUUGCUGGGUCUCUGGGCCUCUGGGGGUGGUAUGGACAACGAGCUGGCGGCCCUCAAGGCGGCCAUCUCCCAAUACGGGGACUCCUUCGCCAAAUUGGUCGUGGGUAUUUCCGUUGGUAGUGAGGAUCUCUACCGGGCCUCGUCGGAGGGUGAGAAAGUCGACGCCGGCGUGGGCGUUGGCCCCGAGGCCCUGGUCUCGUAUAUCAAGGAGGUCCGAUCGAUCAUCUCGGGCACCGCCCUGAGCAGCGUCCCCAUCGGUCACGUCGACACCUGGACCGCCUGGACGAACGGCUCCAAUUCUGCCGUCAUCGACGCCGUCGACUGGCUGGGCUUUGACGGGUACCCGUACUUCCAGAGCUCCAUGUCCAACUCCAUCUCGGACGCCAAGGCUCUCUUCGAUUCCUCGGUGGCUCAGACGAAGGCGGUCGCGAAUGGCAAGGAGGUUUGGAUCACCGAGACCGGAUGGCCCGUCAGCGGAAGCACCCAGAACCUCGCCGUCGCUUCCCUCGCCAACGCGAAAACCUACUGGGAUGAGCCCCUCCACGACCCCGAACCCGAGCUUUGGUGUGGUCGGCGGCACUCUGAGCACCACCCGUUGUUCAACUUGACUUGCUCCAACACCACUCGCCCAUCUCCGUCCGCUUCGAGCUCCGCUGCUAGCUCCACUAUUCUUUCUGGCUCUGCGGUUGCCUCUGGCUCUGCCAUCGCCUCUGCGAACCCUUCGUCUUCCGGCGUCGUCCCCGGUGCUACUCCCUCUACUACACCCGGCUUCACGGUCGGCAAGGGAUUCCGUCCGUCCAACUCCUCCGCUGCUGCCCACUAUUCCAGCGCGUCUUUCACCGGCUCGGCCUACCCUAAAUUCACCAAGACCGCCAGCGGCUCCUCCUCUACUUCCACCAGCGCUGGUAGCUCAUCUGACUCCACGUCGACUAACUCUGGUAGCUCAUCUGACUCGAAGUCGACUAACUCUAGUAGCUCGUCUUCUGGCUCGACUUCCGUUCUUGCUACGGGUGGUGCCAGCUCUGUCUCGAGCUCCGUUUUUGGUGCUCUGGUUGCUGUCUUGGCAUUUGCGGCUACUUUGUAA